GGGCGUGGCGGCGGUGCCGCUGUCAGCGCGAUGAGGCGGCGCCGCCGGGGCUCCCGCCGCUGCCUCCGCCGGGCCGCGCGCCCGCCCCAUGGCGCGUGAGGCCGGCACCGCCCGACCGCGCUCCGGCCGCCGCCCCCGCCCAGCAGCUGCCAAAACAUAGUACAGUGAAAUAAUGGUCUGCUAGCCUGCAAAACAAGUGUCCAGCUUCCACAAUGCCUGUGCAGGCAGCUCAGUGGACAGAAUUUCUGUCCUGCCCAAUCUGCUACAAUGAAUUUGAUGAGAAUGUGCACAAACCCAUCAGCUUAGGUUGCUCUCACACCGUGUGCAAGACCUGCCUGAACAAGCUCCAUCGCAAGGCAUGUCCUUUUGACCAGACUGCCAUCAACACAGACAUCGAUGUGCUUCCUGUGAACUUUGCACUCCUCCAGCUGGUUGGAGCCCAGGUACCUGAUCAUCAGACAGUAAAGUUGAGUAAUGUAGGAGAGAACAAACAUUAUGAAGUAGCAAAGAAAUGUGUUGAGGAUUUGGCACUCUACUUAAAGCCAUUAAGUGGAGGAAAAGGUGUUGCAAGCUUGAAUCAGAGUGCACUGAGCCGUCCCAUGCAGAGGAAGCUUGUGACACUGGUGAAUUGUCAGCUGGUGGAGGAGGAGGGUCGGGUCAGAGCCAUGAGGGCAGCUCGGUCGCUGGGAGAGAGAACUGUCACAGAACUCAUCCUGCAGCACCAAAAUCCUCAGCAGCUUUCUGCCAAUCUCUGGGCUGCUGUCAGGGCACGAGGGUGCCAGUUUCUAGGACCAGCUAUGCAAGAGGAGGCACUGAAACUUGUAUUACUGGCACUGGAAGAUGGCUCUGCACUCUCAAGAAAAGUUCUGGUACUUUUUGUUGUGCAAAGGCUGGAACCAAGAUUUCCUCAGGCCUCUAAAACGAGCAUUGGUCAUGUUGUGCAGCUACUGUAUAGAGCAUCAUGCUUUAAGGUCACUAAAAGAGAUGAAGAUUCUUCUCUGAUGCAACUUAAAGAAGAGUUCCGGAGUUACGAGGCUUUGCGGAGAGAGCAUGAUGCCCAAAUUGUUCACAUUGCCAUGGAAGCAGGACUUAGAAUAUCACCAGAACAGUGGUCUUCUCUUCUUUAUGGAGACCUGGCACAUAAAUCACACAUGCAAUCCAUUAUUGACAAGCUUCAAUCUCCAGAAUCUUUUGCUAAGAGUGUACAAGAAUUGACAAUUGUCUUGCAGCGCACGGGGGAUCCUGCAAACUUAAACAGGCUGAGGCCUCAUUUAGAACUCCUGGCAAACAUAGAUCCAAAUCCAGAUGCAGCAUCUCCAACAUGGGAGCAGCUGGAAAAUGCAAUGGUCGCUGUAAAGACUGUGGUCCAUGGGCUGGUGGAUUUCAUUCAGAAUUACAGUAGAAAAGGCCAUGAAACUCCACAGCCACAACCAAAUAGCAAAUACAAAACAAGUAUGUGCCGAGACCUUCGACAGCAAGGGGGGUGUCCUAGAGGAACAAAUUGUACAUUUGCUCAUUCUCAGGAAGAGCUUGAAAAAUAUCGCUUGAGGAACAAAAAAAUCAGCGCAACAGUGAGAACAUUCCCCCUUCUAAAUAAAGUUGGCGUAAACAGCACCGUCUCAACCACAACAGGAAACGUGAUCUCUGUCAUAGGAAGCCCUGAGGCAACGGGCAAGAUGGUGCCAAGUACUAAUGGAAUAGCUAAUCUAGAAACUGGGGUUCCCCAGCUGAUCCCCCGCUGUGCAGACACCUCCCUGAGAGCUCUGGAGAACACCAAGAAGGGAGGGAAGACUGGAGCCAAUGGCCAGAACGCUUCUGGGUCCCCUACAGAAUCACUUCCUGAAAAUAAAAUUGGUUCUCCACCCAAGACUCCUGUAAGCCAGGCAGCAGCUACCUCAGCUGGUCCUCCUAAUAUUGGAACAGAAGUUAAUUCUGUGCCUCCAAAAUCCAGCCCGUUUGUUCCCAGAGUACCUGUCUACCCUCCACAUUCUGAUAAUGUUCAAUAUUUCCAAGAUCCCAGGACUCAGCUGUCAUAUGAAGUUCCUCAGUACCCACAGACAGGGUAUUAUCCAGCACCUCCAACAGUACCAGCUGGUGUGGCUCCCUGUGUUCCUCGCUUUGUGAGGUCCAAUAACGUUCCAGAAUCCUCCCUCCCACCUGCUUCCGUGCCAUAUGCCGAUCAUUACAGUACAUUUCCCCCUCGAGAUCGACUGAAUUCUCCCUACCAGCCUCCUCCUCCGCAGCCGUAUGGACCAGUCCCUCCUGUCCCCUCUGGAAUGUACGCUCCAGUUUAUGACAGCAGGCGCAUCUGGCGCCCACAGAUGUACCCACGAGAUGAUAUUAUUAGGAGCAAUUCUUUACCUCCCAUGGAUGUGAUGCACUCAUCUGUCUAUCAGCCAUCAUUACGGGAGAGGUACAACUCUCUGGAUGGGUAUUACUCUGUGGCUUGUCAACCUCCAAACGAGCAGAGGACUGUGCCUUUACCAAGGGAGCCUUGUGGUCAUUUGAAGACUGGUUAUGAUGAGCAGCUGAGACGGAAGCCAGAGCAAUGGGCACAGUACCACACACAGAAAACACCUCUGGUAUCGUCAACCCUUCCUAUGGCAACACCAUCUCCAACACCACCUUCUCCUCUCUUCAGUGUAGAUUUCAGCACAGAGGUGGGAAGCCAGAGAACCUCUUUAUUUUCCCUUCCUGCUUCUUUCUCAGAGAGUGUCAGUGAUUUGAGUGGAACUAAAUUUGAGGAAGACCAUCUCUCUCACUAUUCACCGUGGUCUUGUGGCACUAUUGGCUCUUGUAUAAAUGCUAUCGACUCAGAGCCCAAGGAUGUGAUUGCCAAUUCCAAUGCCGUGUUAAUGGAUUUGGACAGUGGGGAUGUUAAAAGGAGAGUGCAUUUAUUUGAAACACAGAGAAGGGCAAAGGAAGAAGAUCCUAUAAUCCCAUUUAGUGAUGGACCCAUCAUCUCCAAGUGGGGUGCAAUCUCCAGGUCAUCCCGCACAGGUUAUCACACAACAGAUCCAAUCCAGGCCACUGCUUCCCAAGGAAGUGCUACUAAGCCCAUCAGUGUAUCAGAUUAUGUCCCUUAUGUCAAUGCUGUAGACUCAAGAUGGAGUGCCUAUGGCUCAGAUUCUGCCUCCUCAGCACGUUAUGCAGAACGGGACAGGUUCAUAGUCACAGAUUUGUCUGGUCACAGAAAGCAUUCCAGCACUGGAGAUCUACUGAGUAUUGAAUUACAGCAGGCCAAAAGCAACUCCUUACUCCUUCAGAGAGAGGCAAAUGCACUCGCCAUGCAGCAGAAGUGGAAUUCUCUAGAUGAAGGCAGUCGUCUUACCUUAAACCUUUUAAGCAAGGAAAUUGAUUUGAGGAAUGGUGAGACUGAUUAUCCUGAAGACUGUGCAGACACAAAGCCAGACCGAGACAUUGAAUUGGAGCUGUCAGCCCUCGAUACAGACGAACCUGAUGGGCAAGGUGAACAGAUAGAAGAGAUUCUGGACAUACAGCUAGGGAUUAGCUCCCAAGAGGAUCAGCUGCUCAAUGGAACAACUGUAGAGAAUGGGCAUCUGCUAAAGCAGCACCAGAAAGAAUCUAUGGAACAGAAGAGACAAAGUUUAGGUGAAGACCUUGUGAUUCUGUGUACUGCAUGUAAGGGCUUUUCCUGCUAGCAAAAUGCUUAAAGAGGAUCAUGUUACUGGUCGUCUGAGUUGUUAUUUUACAAAAUCACAGCUAUGUGGUCGGGUAAGAUUUUGAUAACUGUUUUGUGCACGCUUCUGGGGGGUGGGGGUUGGCAUUUCCCUGAGGGUUACUGAUUAGACUAAGUAAAUAUUGGUGUUUGAUAUCUCUCCUAACGAACCUGUCCAUGAAAUAAUUAUGUUGUAAAUAUACCUGCAAAUCCAAGGGUUAGUUUUGAUAUUCUGGUGUCAGUAUGGAAGAUCUUACACAUCUAUUUAAUACUCCAAUGUCAAGGAAUGUAUGUAGAAAAACAGUCAAGUAGUCUUUUCUUAGUUUCCUUUGGCUGUUGCUGUACCUUCUCCAGCCAGUGCCACCUCACUCUAGGGUUAGACUGACGCUUCUUUCACUCGCUACGUGAAGUGAAUGGAUACAAGAACCAGACCACCUUUGUCACCUUAACUUAUUUCCUAUUGAUGUUAACUUUAACUUAGAAUGUUAGACAUAAAUAUGAUUGUUGUAUAUUUUAUACCAAGACCAUUCUGUAAAUAUGAAUUUAUAUUACUUUUGAAAUGCUUCUGAGAUACUAUUAUUUGCUGUACAAUGUAAUUCCAAAACAGAUAUGCAAACAAGUAUGUCUCUUUCAUGGAUAUUUAAACAGUGAGAUCUUCCAUGUUGAAGGUGAUGUAAUUUUUUUAAAAGAUUUUUAAAUUUUAAAUUGCUAUUUUGUUACAAAAAUAGAGAAAAUAUAAAGGUUUGAGAAGUCCUUAUUUGCCCUCAGGGAAAGAGCCCUCUGUGCACCAGAACUCCACAGAACAUCUUCAGCAUGAUCUGAGGGUGAAUAUAUACUACAUAAAUUGAUUGUGUAUUUACCUUAACUUUUUAAUUUUAAAAUGGCAAUUUUAAAAACUUGGUUGUGCUCUGCUGGAGGGGGUUGGGAUAAGCUGCUUACACACAUUUGCCUGUUUGUCCAGUGAAAUGACAUAAGCCUGACAUAUUCCUGCCAAGGUCUUGGCAUAUUUAAGAACAAACGUAUCUCAAGACUCUUGUCUGCAGCAGGAGGUCCUGUGAGAGAACAGUUCUCUAGGAUGACCAUACACUUCAUAUGGAAAGUUGGUUCUCAACCAAGGCUAGAGUUUUCUAGUUGAAUUUUUAACCUAUAAUGACAGGCAAAAUAAUUAUCUGGGGGUUUAACAGCAUGCUGGCUGUGUGGUUUUUGCCAUGAAACUAAUGCCCUCCAGUGCCCUGACAGGGAGAAGAAGCUGCAGGUGGAAACACCUGGCUCUGGCUUCCUUCUUUGUUCAGGUUUCAGCCCUUGACCCUUUACAAACAAGUAUGUAUUCAUUUGUUAGUUAUAAAUCAGGUGCCUUUGGGCUAUGGGAGGGCUUAUUUUCUGACACUGAGAGAGUGACUUACCUUUGUGUGUCAAUAGCAGUGAUGCCCAUUUAGGUUUUGGCCUAAUUUACUGUGCUGUCAGAAAAGAAGGCCCGGAGCAGAUCGGGGAAAGAGAUUGGCUCUUUUGCUUUGCUUGGACAAGCAUUUUGAGUUGGUUUGGUUUGGUUAAAUUUUUUUUUUUUUUUUUCCCCCCAUUAGGGGUACAGCAGGGAUUUCACAUGCAAGAGAGACAGGAAUUAUUAGUAUCUAAGUUAAUUGUGUUGCCUCACUACCUGGAUUCAUUCCUUGGUUUGCCUCAUUUCCCACAUAGGUCUUUAUAGAGACUAAUGCUUGUGCUGGGAGAAUGCUUGUGUGAGAAAAUAACUAUCUGUACAUUCUUAACAUAUACUUAGAGCAGAGUGAUUGCCCUGCUACUGAUAUUUUGUUCCUGUAAACAGGUGACAAGAAAUGAAUCUUAGUGUUUAUGCAGAUUUUGCAUUGUAGAAUGUAUACUAGACCCUUCAAAGGCAAGGUUAGACUCUUUGCAAAGCAAACUGGCGUUGGUUCUUGGUAGUCUAGUACAGGGACACUAAAGUUUGGCAUUUGAUUUAGGAAAACAGUUGUACACAGCUGAUUAUGUUAAAUAAGCUCUUAAUUAAGCUCUUUGUAGAAGUCUAAUUUGGAAGGUUUUAGUGCUUUGAUAACUCAAUUGAAAUUUUAAUUUCUCCUGUACUCAAGAGCUGAAUGCUGUUCUUGUAUAAUAGUGUACUAGGCUGGAUGAGGUACAAAAUAAUGCACAGUGGUCAGAAACAGCUGAGGAAAGAACGCUUAAAAUAACUCAAUCUAAACUCAGAAUAGUUCCAAACAUUGGUUUUGUUUGCUUUUUUAAAGCACAAGUUGUCAAGUUGUACCUGUUGCUGUACAUAAACACUGUAUGCCAGCAGCUCCUUGAUCAUAUUUGUGAACAGAGUUUUCAUUAAUUAUUAGACUGGUAUUAAAGGAAGGUGUUGAAAUUGAGAGUGUAACAAAAUGAGAAGCGAUCAGAUGAUCUAUAGGAUGUAAAAGUCCAUUUUUAUGUUGUAGUUUAAUCCCUUUGUUAGGAAGUUCCCUCUCAUUGAGGGACCUCUUCUGCAAGCAGAACACAAUAAAUGUGCUUUUUUAAAUGACCCAAUUUCCCAGUAUAAAUGAACAGCUGACUUUGGCAGUAGUCAUCCCCCUGCAUCUCUUUGCUGGCAAGGGAGCAGGACAAGGAGGGGGAAAAAUCCCCAGAACUGUCACUGAUGAGCUGAAACAAAUCUGAAUAAUCAAAAUGCCCAAACAUAAUUCUACACCCCAUUAUUUAAGGAUGCUUGUGGAAGCUUUUAAUCACUCAAGAUUUUGCUGUAAAAGCUGAAAUAAAGCAGAGCCUGGCUGCGUUUCUUACUGCCAAAAGCCAAGGUCAUUUGCACAUAGCCCAUGGAUUUCUCCAGAGUAGAUCUCCGUUACCCAAGGCAUGGGAAUGCAUGCGUUUUCUUAGCUGGGCAAACAAGUACAUUAUACAGUAGUUGUGAUACAACACACGUGGCUUUGAUUUGUACUGCACAUACCCACUGUACAGCCACUCCGAAGUAUUGUGGUUAGCUUGCAGCAUCUGCUGUCGCAUUGAUACUGUUUACUGCGUAUUCUUUUCCCUGGAAGUUUUAAAGAAAAUUUUUUUUCUUGUUGCAUUGAUUACAUUUUAUAAAUUUGCUUAGCUGGAAAGUUUGGGAAAAGAGGCCUGUUUGUCAAUUGUACAACCGAUUGUGAAGCUCUAGUGUGAAUAUUUUUACGUCUGUAUUAGACAUUUUCUUUGCAAAUCUAUUGUUCGAUUGAAAUGUAAAUGAAAUAAAAGAUGGUGUACACCCAUCAUGUAUAAAGCAGGCACCAUCGCUACGAUGGAUUUAAUGCUCAUUUUUAUGGCGCAUUCUCAGCUUCUAUUUAAAACUAUAAUUUAAAGAAAAAAAAAAUCUGUAAAAUGAAAUGGGGAUAUAUGGGGGAGUAAAUUCUAUUCCGUUUAUUUCGGUUUUGAUUCCCAAUGGUAAUGUUUCCCUUCGUGUUAGAGUAGGGGGGCCCCGGCGGGGCCCGUGUGUCGCUGUAGCACUGACGUGCAGAGGUUGUAGCUUUGGCUGGGCACGGAUAGAGCAUCCCGGUUCGGUGUUUGAGAGACUCGAUGGAAGAAGUUUGCAGUAUUGACAUGUAUUUGCAUGCACGAAUAAAAAUUAUUUGUCCACCUUAA